UUGCCUAACAAUCAAACGAAAGGCAUAUAUCGACACAUCUCUCGAGUCUCGCAAAAGUUUGGAGAAAUUCGGUUCAUAACGGAAGGCCUAUACGAUACGCUACAGGUGUCAGCUCUGAGUCGCGACACAGACACCGGCAUUCAGUACCUGUACUACGCGUCCACCCGACCUUCAAAGCCCGGCGAACGGCAUAUCUAUAAAGUGCUGAUCACUAGCACUAACACAAAGACCACACCCGAGUGUCUGACCUGCGAUUUGGGCGACAAAUGUCUGCAUAACUCGGCGUAUUUCAGCCACAAUGCAAAGUAUUACGUACUCGAGUGUAACGGACCCUUAAAUCCCAAGAUAGAGCUGAGACGUACGGACGACAACGGACUGGUCGUCACUCUCCAUAAUAACGACCGCUUGAGUGAUAUGUUGUCCAAUAAAUUGUUGCCAAAAAUCGAGAAAAUGGUUGUUCCCAUCAACGGAAACAACCUAUCAGUGAUGCUAUAUAUGCCGCCCGGUUUCCGCAAAGACGAAAUAGUGAAGUACCCGCUAUUGAUUCAGGUAUUC